ACAGUAGAGUCUACUAGCUGUCAGGACAUAGGAGGCUAUUUUAGUUGGCCGCUCACAGAAGGCAAAAGGAGCCAUUACAUUUGAGGAGUUUAUUUUUUGUCACUUAAAGACAGCCACUGCUCACCUCAACAGGUUUUCUGCAGCGAUAAAAAAGACAAAAGCUGAUCAUGUCUGAGGGACAGAAAAAAUCCAAGAUCUCUGCAUCUCGCAGACUGGCUCUUAAGACCACGCUGCUGAAAAUGGCAGCUGUGAUGUUGGAGAAGGAGAAGAAGGAGAAGAAGCUGGAGAGAGAAGCCACUCUGGGUGAGAGAGUCCCUCCUCUUCAGCUGUCUGGUUUGUCCAUGCAGGACCUUCAGGCUCUGUGCAAAGAACUGCAACAGAAGACCGACGUGGUAGAUGAGGAGCGCUACGACAUCGACGCCAAAGUGACCAAAAAUAACAAGGAGCUUGAAAAUCUGUCACUGAAGAUCUUUGAGCUGAAGGGUAAAAUGAAGAGACCGGCCCUGAAGAGGGUGAGGGUGUCAGCUGAUGCCAUGUUGGGAGCUCUGCUGGGCGCUAAGGUCAAAGAGUCUGUGGACUUCAAGGCCAACCUGAAGACUGUGAAGAAAGAGGAGGAGAAGAAAGAGGAGGUGACUGACUGGCGUAAGAACGUGGAGGCCAUGUCUGGUAUGGAGGGCAGGAAGAAGCUGUUUAAUGCCGGACAGUAGACUUUUCUCUCUAUUCUCGUCCACUGUAAACAUUAAAAUGUCCGUAAAUAUAAAGUAAUAAAGUAAUAGUAAGUUGACAGUGUAUGCGUGUGUAUAGACUUCACAUUUUAAAUAUGCAAAAAUAUUCAGAUUCAAAUGAAAUGUGUAGAUUUUGCAUAUAAAUGAGUUGCAUUCUGGCGGCCUUUUUGAGGUGUUUUUCUAAUUGUCUACACUUUCUGUGAGAUUUGCUGUGUGUCUUGAUCUUGAAAUGCCUGGAAAAGACCGGUUUAUGUCCUGAUAAUAAAUACUCCUGAUCAACACAGAAAA